AAAAACACCAAACUCCCACUGCGAUAACAUUUCUUUGCGUGUGGAAUUGAUCGCGAAGACCCGCCAGAAUCCUUCCCUUUCCAUUAGGGACGUAUCUCUGGCAAGCUCAACCCUUCGAGGGCGGACUCCUCCCUGGGAGCAGAGCCUCCCACGCUGAUGUGGCCAGAUGCGCGCGCUCCCAACCGAACUGGGUCACCUAGUUCUGACCUUUCGACAAGGCUCCCCAUCGAGCCACAUCACACGGCCCCCAGAAGCUCAGUUGCUGCUCUCGACAUGGCAUCCAACACCUCGAACUACAAGUUGAGUGCUGCCGUUGCAAACGCCAAAUACAAUGACAUCAUCCCAUAUGAAGGGGCUACAGAAAAAACUACCCACGAAUUCUUGCAGAAGAUUGUCGACAUUCUUGUGGACUACAUCAAAGCACAGAACAACCGGAACGAGAAAAUCCUCGAUUUCCACCACCCAGAGGAUAUGAUCAAGCUGUUAGACCUCAAGGUUCCUCAGCAAGGCGUCUCACUUCAGCAACUGGUCCACGAUUGUGCCACUACUUUGAAGUACCAAGUCAAAACAGGUCAUCCCCAUUUCUUCAACCAAUUGUCGUCAGGCCUCGACCUGAUUUCGAUGGCUGGGGAAUGGUUGACUGCUACUGCCAACACCAACAUGUUCACCUAUGAAAUCGCUCCGGUUUUCAUCCUGAUGGAGACUGUCGUUAUGACUCACAUGCGAGAAAUAGUCGGAAAGAACUGGAGGAAGGGAGACUCUAUCUUAGCACCAGGUGGAUCUAUAUCAAAUUUGUACGCAUUUCUGGCUGCAAGGCACAAAAUGUUUCCCAAUUAUAAGGAGAAGGGUAUUGCAACAAUUCAAGGACAACUUGUGAUGUACACUUCGGAUCAGAGCCAUUAUUCAGUGAAAUCGUGCGCUUCCGUGUGCGGUCUCGGCACAGACAACUGCGUCAUGGUUCCCUCCGACGAGAGCGGUAAGAUGAUCCCCGCUGAGCUGGAACGACUGGUCGUGGAGAGGAAGAACAGGGGCCACAUCCCCUUCUUCGUGGCCUGCACCUCUGGCACCACGGUGCUGGGAGCGUUCGACCCCAUCAACGACAUCGCGGACAUCUGCAAGAAGUACGGGAUGUGGUUGCAUGUGGAUGCAGCUUGGGGAGGUGGAUUACUGCUUUCUAAGAAAUACAGGCACCCAAGAAUGAGUGGAGUUGAACGGGCAGACUCAGUAACGUGGAAUCCACACAAACUGAUGGGUGCUCUACUUCAGUGUUCUACGAUCCACUUCAAAGAAGAUGGUCUACUUAUGAGUUGUAACCAGAUGGCUGCUGACUACUUAUUCAUGCAAGAUAAACUUUACGAUAUCAGAUACGAUACAGGAGAUAAAGUCAUCCAGUGUGGUCGGCAUAAUGACAUCUUCAAAUUGUGGUUGCAAUGGAGAGCAAAGGGGGAUGAAGGAUUCGAAGAACUCAUCGACAGACUGAUGGAAUUAUCAGAGUACCUGGUGAAACGAAUCAAGGAGCAACCCGACAAAUUUUACCUGAUUAUGGAACCCGAAAUGGUCAAUGUUUGUUUCUGGUAUAUUCCCAAACGCUUACGCAAGGAACCGCAUGGUCCUGCAAGAGAAGCAAAGCUAGGAGAAAUGUGCCCUCGUCUGAAAGCGAAAAUGAUGGAAGAAGGAACUCUCAUGACCGGUUAUCAGCCCGAUGACCGAAGACCAAACUUCUUCAGGAACAUAAUCUCAUCAGCCGCAGUCACCGAAAAAGACGUUGACUUUCUUCUCAGUGAAAUGGAUCGACUAGGUCAAGAUAUGUAAGAAAUAUCAUCAAGCUGAGUCCAAUACAAACAAACUAUGACCUGAAGUACGAUAUUUUCUCUCUGUUUAUUUUGUAGGUAUACCCAUUUGUUUCAAAUGAUAUCACAGAAUUUUUCUGGAGAGAAUAAAAAAAAAGAAUUGUGUAUGUGGUAGGUAUAUAUAUACAGGGCGAUUCAGGUUUCAAGGUACAAACUGAAAUGGGUGAUAGAUCAU